AUGGCUUUGGGAAAAAGCCCACUGAUUUGCUUGGUUAUGAUUGCUUUAUGUGGUAUUUGUUUCGGUGCUGUGUAUAGAGUUGGUGACUCUAGCGGGUGGUCUUCUAGAGGCCUUGUUGAUUACAACGAGUGGGCUUCAACAAAAGACUUCCAUGUUGGUGACACACUUACAUUUUCUUACAACAAUCAAUUCCAUAACGUGAUGCAAGUUACUAACGAAGAUUAUGAAUCUUGCAACCCUGCUUCUCCUAUCGCAGUUUAUGCCUCGGGAUCUGACACCAUCACCCUUGAAAGGCCCGAAAACUUUUACUUUUUGUGUGGUGCUCCUGGUCAUUGUCAAGCCGGACAAAGGGUUGAGAUUCUGGCCACCCUACCUACACCAGAUGACUCAUUUACAAGUCCAAGUCCGACACCUUCAGCCUCUCCUGCUGAUGCGAUGUCGCCAAGCUCAGCUCUAAGUAGCGGUCCUGCUCUUCAUUUUUCGGAACUUGGGUUGGGUGUCACCAUAAAUAAACUCCAAUAUAUGCUUCUCUCAUCAAUUAUAACUUGUUGGAGAUCUCAUCUAGUUCGAGAGCCUUACAGAGUUGUGACACGAGCGUUCAAAACCUAUUUCCUCAGCUUUUGCCUUCAAAGAGUUUACAAUUCGUCUGAAGGAUUAGAACUCUGUUUUGAAGAAAAGCCGGGGUUUAGAGAGUAUGCAGGAAUGACAUUUCAUUUUCAAGGUGCUGAUUUCGUUGUACAAGCAUUAUACAUGUAUCUUCACAACACUGAGAAACGCUACUUUUGUGUAGCAAUGUUGCCUUCAACUGAGGGAACCGUGAUCGGGGCAUGGCAGCAACAAGGCACAUGCUUUGUAUAUGAUCUUAAGUCGCGACAACUCCAGUUUGCUUCCGAGGACUGCUCAAAGGACUGA